AACAAGUUGGGAUAUAUCAUCUAUAAUUCCUAGUAGGAGAUAAUUUGUUUGGUAAAACUAUUACAAGUUCAAUGUAAAUGUCACUAUUUUACGCAAUAUUUAAAUUAAAUAGAACCAAUCAGGAAAGCCUUUGGAAGAAGGGAAGUCCGUUUGUACAGGAGAUCGCUAACUUACACGGACUUACACGGCCAAACUACAAGCUCGCUAAUACCUAGAGCUAAGUCGAUGGCGUGCUCUUUUACCCCGACUCCACAAUUCCCUAAACAGGAUCCCAGGAGUGACAAUUCGGGUAGAGUACCUCAUGUAGGUGAUGCGCAAGAGAAUAUGUAUACAUAUAAGUUAGGCAAGUGGUACACUUCCUUCCUAUACGUAGUAAGACCUGUAGCUUGCGAAUUCAAAUACCUCUCUCUCCAUCCCGCUUCUUGGGGUCAUUGGACUUUGCAACAUCUGACUUGAUACCACCAACUCCAAGCCGAGACGAUCCCCUCCAUACCGGUGAACAAUAACGUAAAGUCCAAAGACCGAUCGCAAUGGCAGAGGAAUUAAGCAAGCAUUUUGAGACUCUCCAGCUCCACGCGGGCCAGCAACCAGACCCGGCGACGAAUUCUCGCGCAGUUCCUAUAUACGCGACAACUAGCUUCGUUUUCAAUGAUUCGGCACAUGGCGCUAGGUUAUUUGGUCUCAAGGAGUUCGGCAACAUAUACAGCCGGCUUAUGAACCCUACUGUAGAUGUCUUCGAGAAACGCAUUGCUGCUCUAGAAGGUGGUGCCGCUGCUGUUGCAGCUUCAUCCGGCCAGGCUGCCCAAUUCAUGGCUAUCGCCGCCCUCGCUCAUGCCGGCGACAACAUUGUCGCAACCCCCAGCCUCUACGGUGGCACAUAUAACCAAUUGAAGGUUUUCAUUGCGCGGCUCGGAAUCAAGGCUAAGUUUAUCGAGAGCGACAAGCCUGAGGAAUUCGCCGCAGCCAUCGACGACAAGACGAAGGCCGUAUAUAUCGAGAGUAUUGGCAACCCCCGGUAUAACAUCCCAGAUUUCGAGGCUAUCGCCAAAGUUGCGCACGAGAAAGGUGUCCCUGUAAUUGUGGACAACACUUUCGGAGCCGGCGGCUACUUCGUCAGGCCCAUCGAGCACGGCGCGGAUAUCGUCGUCCACUCGGCGACCAAGUGGAUUGGCGGCCACGGAACGACUAUCGCCGGUGUUGUCGUCGAUAGCGGAAAGUUUGAUUGGGGAAAGAAUGGCGCCCGGUUUCCCCAAUUUGUUGAGCCGUCUGAGGGGUACCACGGUCUCAAGUUCUGGGAGACAUUCGGACCCCUUUCUUUGGCUAUUCGCCUAAGAGUCGAGAUUCUACGUGAUCUAGGUUCUUCUCUUAACCCCUUUGCUGCUCAACAACUCAUCCUCGGACUAGAGACACUGAGUUUGAGAGCCGAGAGACAUGCGCAAAACGCUCUUGCGCUCGCAAAGUACCUCGAGUCUAGCCCCUACGUGAGCUGGGUGUCAUACCCGGGAUUGGAAAGCCAUCCAAGUCACGAAUUGGCAAAGAAGUAUUUGAAGAGAGGCUUUGGCGGUGUCCUUAGCUUCGGAGUCAAGGGUGGUGGUGCGGCUGGAAGCCAAAUCGUUGAUGGCUUCAAGUUAAUCUCUAACCUCGCCAAUGUUGGAGAUUCUAAGACCCUAGCUAUCCACCCUUGGACUACAACACACGAGCAGCUAUCAGACGAGGAGAAGAUUGCAUCUGGAACAACCGAGGAUCUCAUCCGUAUUUCUGUCGGUACGGAGCACAUUGACGACAUUAUCGCCGACUUUGAGCAGUCUUUCCAGAAGGCUUCUGCGGCGACAACGAAGGGAGAUGAAGCGGGCUCUGGAGUGGAGGCUAAGCAGAAGGAGGCGCCAACUGUGGUUUAGAUUCGUGAGAGAGUCUUUCAAUAGCAUGUAAUUACCUAGGUACCUAUAUACCCCGAUUUAAAGUAGAAACGAGUUUGUCUC